GAGUAUCUCUCCCCUGCCUAGAUUAGGUACUUUCCUCUAGUCACUUAAGGUAGCUGCUUAACCCGCUGAGUACCUCAUACCUAAAAGGUACCUCAAAAGAUACCUACCUUGGGUACCACCUAGAGGUAGCCCUACCCCGAUGACUACACAACACACAGGCAAAAGAACUGCCUUAGGUAAGGCACCCCUCCAUCCCAUCGUCAACCUGGAAAACCUCGGCUUCAAACCACUUCUCAUCCCACCAUCAAUCCGCUGUGAGCUGUUCGCCACAUCCUAGUGACGAAACCAAGUAGGCUUCUUUCUUUCUAUACCAAAACCGCCGAGAUUAUUCUGUCCUUUCGCCCCGCCGCAUCCCACUAACCCUUCUCUUGCGUCCCCUGCGAUCCGCCCAGCAGCCAGCCCGACAGAGAGAGAAAGGGAGGAAGGGAGAGAGAAGGAGAGAAAGAAGGCAGCCAGCCAGCCAGAGAGAGGGCGGCGUACCGAAGUCCUCUCGGUACACCAUCGUAGACCGCGGCGAUGGAUAAGGACAAUGCAAACCCCACCGUCCUGAACACUUCCCAGCUUCCCACGAGACAGCUCAAGAAGCAUAGAGCCCCCAAACCCUCCAAUUCCCAGUUCCGCAGCGUCAUACGCAAGCCACGCUACCUGUGUGAUCCCUUUUACGACAUUUCUUGGUCUGACGAUACCGAGAGUGACGACGAAUUCACGGCCGAGCCGAUCGACGAACAGGAGAUAUACGAUCUAAUCUCGACCAUUUCCGAUCCCGAGCAUCCGCUAUCCCUUGGCCAGCUAGCCGUGGUCAACCUCCCCGACAUCCACAUAGCUCCGUCUUCCUUGGACGGGGCAGAUCCCAACAGGCUCACCCGAGUGCUCGUCGAGAUCACGCCCACGAUUACUCACUGCUCUCUCGCCACUGUCAUCGGCCUCGGCGUGCGAGUGCGUCUCGAGCAGGCCCUCCCGCCGAACUACCGAGUGGAUGUCAUGAUCAAGGAGGGCUCGCACAGCCAAGACGACCAAGUCAACAAGCAGCUGGCCGACAAGGAACGAGUCGCCGCGGCCUUGGAAAAUGACACGCUGAAGGGAGUCCUAGACAAGAUGCUGGAGACUUGUACGUGAGCUUAAAUCUCGCCGUGCCGGCCCAAAAUACCCGAGGGCCCGUAGGCUCCACGUACAUACAAUAAUCAAAAGACACCGGGCGGAUCCCAGAAACCCCGGCCGCUAUUUACACCACUGUAGAGUUCAUUGCCAAUCUCCACGAGUCCAGACUGCUUCGCCGGGAUCCUCAAAGGCGUUGCUCAACGCCUAGUAAGGCCGAGUGGCAUGGGCCAGGCGACGCCCUGCCCGGGUAUUCCGCUCCCCCCUCCCCUCCCCUAAGCAGCAAACAUGCUGGAGCCCGGUCGCGUUAAGACAGGAUUGGGAACGGCAUCGACAGAGAGCAAGGGCCACACCGACUCGCACAAGCCACGCCCGGCCGGGUACUGACGUGCUACCCAGAAAUAUAAUUGCGUGUUAUGCUGUCAGGGCUUUUCGUCAAUAGCCCGAAACCCCGGAGAGCAGGGCAGCAGCAGUGUCCUCUGUAAUGAUGCGUAGCAUUCGAGGCCGCUAGGGUGGGUUGGAGCCGCUGGUUGGGGGGGGGAGGGUUGCUGAUUUGGAUCAUGCGUUUCCUUCCUGGAGCUCGCCAAAAGGGGGCAGGGUGGGAUUCGGAUCAGUAUAUAGGGCUGUUUCGUUAGAGGACUAAGCUAUGCGACCCCGUACACGUGCCUGGCAAAUCUCAACAAGACUAGGCCGGUCGAACAGCAGGCGGCAGAUGAUCUGCAC